AUGCAACGCUUUUCCACGAAACCCCAUCGCCAAGCGCUUCGCCUCACCCUCCCUCGCGUUGCCGCUAACCUCUCAGCAGCAGCCACACGAGUUGAGACGCAUGAAACAUUUGCAGCCGACUUCCAGGUAUUAGUUAAUAUUGGCAACCAUUUUGAUCUUGCUUCCAGUAUAUUUGUAGCACCAAGAAAAGGGAUAUAUAGUUUCAGUUUCCACGUGGUCAAGGUCUAUAACAGACAAACCAUCCAGGUAAGUUUAAUGCAAAACGGCUACCCAGUGAUUUCAGCUUUUGCAGGGGAUCAGGACGUCACCAGAGAAGCAGCCAGCAAUGGGGUCUUGCUCCACAUGGAAAGAGAAGACAAAGUGCAUCUCAAACUGGAAAGGGGUAACCUCAUGGGAGGGUGGAAAUAUUCAACCUUUUCCGGCUUCUUAGUCUUUCCACUAUAAAAGAAGGCCAAAUAGGAGACAGAUCCAUGAGCCGGAGCAAGGAUUCAAUCAUUGAUGACACCCUGAACUUGGCAGCACAUGACAAUAUUUCCAGUCACCCCGUCAGACUGUCACAGUAGAAGAAUGAUAACCUUCUAAACUCCAACAUUUGCUUUGAAUAUUGACAAUUCCUCGGGAACCUGCACCUCUAAUUAGUUUUAGACGACAGUGAUCUUUAGGAGAAAUGAAAUUAUCGACCUGAGCAAUUUGUACCUGUGAUUGUAAAGUCAAUUUCGGAUUUUAUUGUUGGGAUCAUUGACUUUCUUAUUCUUUUUUAUUUUUUUUCCUCUCUUUAAUUUUUUCCUCUUUUUCUUUCUCUUGUUGUUGUCCCAGUGAGACAAAUAACUCGGACCACACAAUUGCUUUGUCAAAGGCUCGCUCCAGAGCUAGAAGAAUGAAGUGUUCAGCCCAAUAAGGUGUUCUUUCCAUGCUUUAUUUCUUUGUGUUGUAUAGCCUUAAGGAAAAAAGAAAAAAAAAAAA